UGGAUAAACGGUAUCAGUUUGCAUCCUGUUCUUCCAAAGAGCCAUUCGUCGGCCAGGUACCGACUGGCAUCCACGGGCGCGCACGUAACAAGCAGCAGCACAUCGCCGAAUGCAAGGCUGCACAGGAAUAAGUUGGGGACGUUGCGCAUGGACUUGACGGCGCAGAAUGUGCGAAUGAGCGUCAAAUUGCCAACAAGACCCACUACAAUGAUCAGUGCGUACGCGAUUGCGAUCGCGACUCCCGCGCGCCACAGCGAGGUUUCGGGCGCGUCCGGAGAGCUCUGGAGCUCCCACGACUCAUUGGACACGGACUUUUCCUCAGCGAUGGCAGUAAACAAUUCCUCUAAAGACAUGGUACAAUAGCUGGAUACUGGAUACUAUUACUACUCUUGUGACAACUAAAGGCUUAAAGGAGGAGAGCUGAGAGGAGGAGGAAAUCAAGAUCCUGCACAGAAGCGUGUUCGUGUGUCUUGUGUCUCAACAUUCUUGAAGUUCUACAUUGGUGCCAAAAGCUGAGACCUGAAGUGGAAGAUCUGUCAUAGUGUCCUCACCCUUCAAGGGCCUUGCCCAUGCCCUUGCCUCUGUCCAGCAAAACCAACAUCAAGCACUUUUUACCAUGCGCACAGAGCAGCAGCAGUUCCAAGCACUGUUCCAGGCCCAGCAGGAGGAUCAGCAGGUGCUCCGAAGCCUGAUUGUGUUGGCAGGUACCCCAGCAGCAGUCUCCGUGGUGGCCGUGGGCUUCCCUCCUGUCUCCCUCACCAAGAUGUGGUCUCAAGACGAUCUGGAGGCCUUCUUGGAACUGUUUGAGCGAGCCGCAGAGGCAUGGGGAUGGCCAGAAGAGCAGCAAGCAGCUCAGCUACUCCAAGUCCUGUCUGGAGAGGCCCAGCUCAGGGCACAGCAGCUGCCCCCAAGAACAUGCCUGGACCUGGACCUGAAAUGCACCAUCCUGCAGUGUGUUGGCCACACCCCAGAGCAACAGAGUCAGCGGUUCUGCACACUGACCAUGGAGGGGGUUGGUCAGCCAUUUGCAUUUGCCCAGCAACUCCAAGAUGCCUGCAUUCACCUGUGGUUGAGGGCAGAAGAGUGCAACACCAAGGGGAUCAUCGACACGGUGGUGCUGGAGCAGUUCAUCACCCAGUUGCCAGGGGGAGCCACCCGCAUUGCUGAAGGACAGGAUUGGCUUGGCGGAGAACCAUCUAUUGGCACUUCAGAGGGCAAAUGGGCAUCUUGCCCCUUCCCGCUUUCUUUCUCUCUCUCCCCCGUCUUGUUCCUCCCCUUUUCCCUGCACCCCUCCCAUACCUGCACCAUGGAAGUGGGGUUCAACUCUCCUGCACCAAGCUUCCCAAACCCAUGGUUUCCCACCCCUCCCUCCCCCUUAUGUCUUUGUUUCUUCUCCUUCCCAGGUAAGUGAUCCCUGAGUGCAGAAGGUUGACCUGGGCCGGUGUGCUGAUACUGUGGGAAGCCUGGGCACUUUCUGGACCAGUGUCAUUUGAUGGAGGUCGGAGCAUUGUUCCAGAUCCCCAACACACUGCAGACCACCCCCAAUUGAGUUGGAACAUACCGCAUACCAACUGAUGCAUCAGACAGAGGGCUGAGAGCUGUUUUGUCCCAGGUGGUGGAGGGGGAGGAGUGCCUGGUGCUGUACUUCAGCCGGAAGCUCUCGUGAUAACCGAGGGCCUAAAGGAGGAGGAGAGAAAGAGCUAAGAGGAAAUCGAGAUCCAGCACACAGCAGUUUGUGUGUGUGUGUGUGUGUGUGUGUGUGUGUGUGUGUGUGUGUGUGUGUGUCUCGGUGAGACAAGUAAUAAAAUCACUGAAAAGUUCAUUUAUUUAGUUUUUGCCAUAGCGUGAUAUGUAUGUACAUACAUUAUGGCUGAGAAACCACUACAGUUUGCACCAGUUACAGUGGCCCCAUUUUACCUAAU